AUGUUCUUGGCUGCUGUCGCUCGACCCCGCUAUGAUGUUGGCCGUGGUGAAAUGUUCAACGCCAAACUGGGCAUGUGGCCUUUCGUGCAGCUUUCUCCCGCCGCCCGCAACACUCGCAACCGUCCAGCUGGUACUAUGGUCACCACGCUCGUCAACGUGAAUGCUGUCGUGUAUCGAGACUUCAUGAUUCACAAGGUCGUACCUGCAAUCAAGGCAUCGUUUUCGAGUGCACACAAGCACAUCGUACUUCAACACGACAAUUCAACGCUGCAUGGAUCCGUGACUGACCGGGAGCUCGAGGCAGUGUCCACAGAUGGCUGUAAGUUUGUGAUUUUCUGGAACCCCGAAGACCUCCAGAAACCCCGUCGAUGGGAGCUCAUGCACACCGCCGACGACUCGCAUCUACACGACACAGUCAUAGAGAUGCAUGGGCAAGGUCGCGCACCUUCAGACAUAGCGGAUCUCACGACCGACGUUGACUCCAGCUUAUUACUGGAGCUUGUGGGGGGAGAUGUGAAAUGA